UAUAUAGUCGAACUUAAAUAAAAUUAGCAAAUACAGUUAUACAAUACAUAGGCUUCUUAAUAAAGAAAUUAAACCAAAGAAAAAUCUUUCAUAAAAUUAUAAUUCUUCAAGAAAAUGUUGGCAAUGUCUCCUUUAUGCCCUACUAAUUUAGGAUGGGAGUAUCCCUUAGAUUUAGACACAAACCAAGCUUUAUUUGAUAACUUAGAUUUCGAUUUUGAUACCAUGUUUCUUGCUAAUAUUUCAUCUUCCCAAGCUCAAGAUUGUGAAGUUAAUCAUCAAGUGUCGAGUGAUGAUCAUGGUAAGCGUAGCGAAUCGCCACAAGGUACAAGCUCAACAGAUCAACUUGAUAAUAAUCCCUUGUUAUCCAAGAAGCUUAAUCAUAAUGCAAGUGAGCGAGAUCGAAGAAAGAAGAUUAAUAACAUGUAUUCUUCUCUACGUGCUUCGCUUCCUGGAAUUGAUCAAAGGAAAAAGCUAAGCAUACCAUCAACAAUUGCCCGGGCGCUUGAGUAUAUACCUCAAUUACAAAAGCAAAUUGAAGAUUUAAUCCAUAAGAAGGAAGUGUUUACAUCUAAAAUGUCCAUUAUGCUAGGAAACUCAGGGGAGUUUGUCCUUGAACAAGACCAAAAAAAUUGCAUAAUUAAGGAGACAACGAAAUCGUGUUCGAUUUCUGCUAAUAAGCUUGGAGAUAAAGAAAUGGUGAUCCAAAUAUCAACAUUUGAGAGAGUAUCUAUAUCUGAAGUUCUACUCCAUCUUGAGAAGAAUGGUUGUAUUGUCAUUGAUGUUUCUUCUUUUCAAUCUUUUGGAGGGACAACUUUCUACAGCAUACAUUUGUGGAUGGAAGGAAGCAAUGUUGUAAGCUUUGAAAAAAUGAAUGUAGAGCUGUCAUCCCUGCUACAAAUGAAGCAAAUGCAGAUGGAAGUACCUAUAAGUAGUUCCUUAUAUGAAGUAUAUAUAUAGUGAACGGUCAACUCUUUUGUAAAUUGUACUCACUCCUUCCCUGAAGUAGGAAUCUAAUUAAAGGAUGGAGGGAGUAAUAGAAAAUUCAAAUCCUUUAGAGCAAUUAUCUACUGGAUACUAGUAUUAAAUUAUAAAGUUGGCGAAAUUAGAAAUAUAAAAACUCAUUACUGUAUUAUCUAUCCAUUUACUAUGAUGUAUCUCAUCCUAGACAGUAAUCCUUGCGGUAUAGUGCAUAGCAGGACGACCAAUAAUGCAAAUUGUUCAUGCGACACCUAAAUCAACCUAUGUACAACAAGCACAUAAAAAAAAAAAAAUCUAUAUACGAGGAAUACAAUACUCAAUGACACUAAUUUGUAUCGAGGUAACUAUGAGCACGUAACAAGGGAAGCUCUCGAUGAACUAUGUCCACUUGAGCUACUUCUUACUUCCUAUUGGUUGCCCCCUAUUCAGGCACACGCAUAUAUAGUUUAGUUUACGACAUUACAUA